AUUUCAGAAAGCACACAAACGAGCACCAGCAGCCCAGGCACUAAAUGAGGCCAGUGCCCAGGACUCACCUGAUUGGUUUGGAGUGGCGAGUGAUGUCACCUCAUAGACCACUUGGCAAUAAAAUGAUACGCAGAUAAGGGACAUCAGCUCCUUCAGAGCGUCAGAAAAGCAGCAUCGGAGCGGCACGCAGACACCACAGAGAGUUGUGGAGGAAAAAACCAACACUUUUGGACUGAGCUGCCACUUGAGGAGAAGGUGUACCUGGUGGAGAGAAAAGGGGGACUAAGAGGAGCCUAAAGGACAAAAGAAAGAAGAUUCUUGAAAAAAAUAAAGGAAGAAAGCGCAAAAGGGAAAUCGGACUAUCCUGACUUGAACCAAGAGACGAGAAAGGACAUAAAAGGGAGUGUCUUUGUGCACAAUGGCGUCUUUUGGACUUGAGCUUACCGGCAUCUCCCUGUCAGUGCUGGGCUGGGUGCUGACUAUCAUCAGCUGUGCCCUGCCGAUGUGGAGGGUCUCGGCCUUCAUUGGCGCCAGCAUCGUCACUGCUCAGGUGUACUGGGAGGGCCUGUGGAUGAACUGCGUGUUCCAGAGCACGGGCCAGAUGCAGUGUAAAGUCUAUGACUCCAUGCUAGCUCUACCUCAGGACCUGCAGGCCGCCAGGGCGCUCACCGUCAUCGCCGCCAUCCUGGGGUUGGUGUCGCUCCUCAUCGCCAUGGUGGGGGCAAAGUGCACCAACUGCAUUGAGGAAGAGGCGGUUAAAGCCCGGGUGAUGGUCGCCUCCGGGGCUGCGUUCAUCACGGCAGCUCUGGCCCUGCUGGUGCCCGUUUCCUGGUCGGCACACACCAUCGUAGUCGAGUUCUACAGUCCCAUCAUCCCCCAGGGACAGAAGAUGGAGAUUGGGGCGGCGCUAGCCAACAUGUCGAUGGGUAUGGAGAUCGUGGGCAUUGCCCUCGGAGUCCUCGGAUUUAUCAUUGCAAUUGUUACUUGUGCCCUGCCAAUGUGGAGAGUGUCGGCCUUCAUCGGAGCCAACAUCAUCACCGCUCAGACCAUUUGGGAGGGUUUGUGGAUGAACUGUGUCAUCCAGAGCACAGGCCAGAUGCAGUGCAAGGUGUACGACUCACUGCUGGCCCUGCCUCAGGAGCUGCAGGCCUCCAGGGCGAUGACCAUCAUCUCCAUCAUCCUCGGGGUGCUGGGCGUCUUGAUCUCCAUCGUCGGCGCCAAGUGCACCAACUGCAUCGAGGAUGAGCCUUCGAAGGCCAAAGUGAUGAUCAUCGCUGGAAUCUUCUUCGUGCUCGCCGGCCUUCUGGUCCUCAUCCCUGUCUCCUGGACCGCCAGCGUUGUGAUCCGGGAUUUCUACAACCCCAUCGUGAUCAGCUCUCAAAGGAGGGAGCUAGGGGCGUCGCUCUACAUCGGCUGGGGAGCGGCUGCCCUGCUCCUGAUCGGAGGGGCGAUGCUGUGCAGCAGCUGCCCACCAAAAGAGAAGAAGUACAAGCCGCCACGGAUGGCCUACUCCGCCCCACGCAGCACUAGUGCAGGCGGAGGGUACGACAGGAAAGACUAUGUGUGAACAAUUCAGAUAAAUUGAAUUGGAAAGUAGGAUAAAAAGUUUGUUGCACAAGUGUGUGUUGUUUUUUGCUGUCUGAAACCACAGGGUGAAUCCCUCUAAAGGACUCCGAGAUGAAGGUGUGUGUUCAACUACUGAUUUUUCUGCUUUGCUUUUUGCUGACAUGUUCAUUUGCAUCCGAUUAUCCUGUUGAAAAGGUUCAUAUUUACAGAACACGGGAGCCUGCUGUCCGCCUUUGCUUUAUUGAAAAUUCAGCCACAGAAGUGAUUAGUAUAAAUACAACAUGCACUUAUGUUUAAUUCAUGCAAAUCUCUUCUUUAAAACCAGUUCUGGGGCAAUUAUGUGAUUUAAACACCUGCUUCUUGUGUGCGUCUCUGUCAUUGGUCCGUUGGCCGGCUGCAUGGUGUUGUGUUUCACUGAAACCUGCAGUUGAAAUGCUUUGUGUCAUUUCAGUGACAAGGAAGAGGCAGCGCUCAUUUUACAUGGAUUUGGUUGUGUGUGCUUGUGUGCGUGUGUGUGUAUCUGUGUGUGUGUGCGUGUGUGUGCUUUGCAUGUAAUAUUUGCUUAGGAGAGUUUCUGCUGAGACUGAAACUAAAGAUGGAUCCAUGUUACAGCCCCAGGAAACAUCCUUUUCCUCAUACCUCACAGGGUGAAACACAAAAAAGACUGUUUCAUUUGGCAUUCAGACAUUUUGCGUGUCCGUAUGUCUGUGUUGGUAUUUCUGUAAUAAAAUGUAUUUGAAGUGUGUGUUUUAUGUGUUCAAAUAUUCCACAAUGUGUUUGUUUCAAGCUGAUAUGUAAUGUGUGUUAGUUUUCAACAUUUUGGUAUAUUUUUCUACUGUUUGAAGCUUCAUGGCUUUUUGUUUGUCAGACAAAUAACCAAAGGACCUCUGUGUGUUCAUGUGUGUGUGAGAGACACCCUGAGGGAUCUACAGCUGUUGGAGAAUGUUUGUUUCCAAAUCAAAAUGUAUUUUGUGUUGUCUUUCGCCAUAUAAAAUAUUCUGUUUAUCUUUUUUUUUACUCAAAUGCUGUUCCUAGAGCUGUAUCAUAAAAUAAAUUGCAUUUUAUAGUCAUGCUGUAAUUUAAAAUGUGUUGAAGAUUUCAAUAAAAUUCCUUUUUAU